CUCUGAUCAUCACGUGACUCUCUCUCUCCCUCUCUUUCAGAGAGAUUGACUACUGAGCCCUUUCUCUCUCAGUCUCUGUGACCUUUUUCAGCCCCUUUUCUCCCUUUUUCCUUUAACCCAUUUUCCAAACACUCCAUUCUCGCACCUCAAUCUAUAAACCCUUUCAAUCUUCUUUACAAUCUCUAUUUCUUUCCAUUUAUAUUUCUCUAUCUCUCUAUGUAAGCUUUCAAUCAUGGGCUGUUUUCAGUCCAAAACCAUUCAUCUCCCUUCCCCUGACAACGAUCCUCCCCCACCACAGCCCAAACCAGAUCCAGCUAAUGAUGAAGAGUUUGAGCUAGUUCCUCCAUUCAAGGAGUUUGAUCUUGAUGAACUUCGAGCUGCCACUAAUGGCUUCAGCUCUGAAUUGAUUGUUUCUGAAAGUGGUGAGAAAGCUCCUAAUGUUGUUUAUAAAGGGAAGCUUGAGAAAACUCGAUUGGUUGCCAUUAAACGCUUCUCCAAGCAAUCUUGGCCUGAUCCUAAACAGUUUGUGAUUGAAGCUUCUGGUGUUGGUAAGCUGAGGUUUAAGAGAUUGGUUAAUUUGAUUGGGUGCUGUGCUGAAGGAGAUGAGAGGCUGUUGGUGGCUGAGUUUAUGCCUAAUGAUACUCUCUCAAAGCAUCUGUUUCAUUGGGAAAAGCAACCGUUUCCUUGGGAAAUGCGUGUUCGAGUUGCAUAUUACAUAGCACAAGCUCUCGAUCAUUGCAGCACCGAAAAACGAAAAAUAUAUCAUGAUCUAAAUGCAUAUAGAGUUCUUUUCGAUGAGGACGGGGAUCCUCGACUAUCCAGUUUUGGUCUAAUGAAGAACAGUCAUGAUGGAAAAAGCUAUAGCACGAACUUAGCUUAUACGCCACCAGAGUUUCUACGAACGGGCAGGGUCAUACCAGAGAGUGUGAUCUAUAGCUAUGGAACCAUUUUGCUGGACCUUUUAAGUGGGAAGCACAUUCCUCCGAGCCAUGCACUAGAUUUGCUAAGAGGGAAGAACUUAUUGCUGUUAAUGGAUUCAUCCUUAGAAGGACAAUAUGGAGAUGAUGAUGCAACUCAGUUGAUUGAUCUUGCUUCCAAAUGUCUGCAAUACGAGGCUAAAGAUCGACCCGAUAUAAAGUUUAUUUUUUCGGCAGUGGCGCCUCUGCAAAAGCAAGAGGUUGCAUCACACGUACUAAUGGGGUUGACAAAAACACCAGUGGUGUUGCCAACGAUGCUUUCGGCACUCGGGAAAGCCUGCGUUCGGAUGGAUCUUACUGCCGUACACGACAUACUACUUAAAGUUGGUUACAAAGACGAGGAGGGCGCUGAGAGCGAACUUUCAUUCCAAGAGUGGACUCAACAAGUGCAAGACAUGUUGAACACAAAAAAGUUUGGGGAUAUUGCAUUUAGAGACAAGGACUACAAAAACGCCAUCGAGUACUACUCGAAGCUAGUAUCAAUGAUGUCAGUCCCUUCUGGUACCGUCUUCGUGAGACGAGCGCUCUCCUACCUAAUGGUUGGUCAACCCGAACUCGCAUUAAGAGACGCAAUGCAAGCUCAAGUAUGCUUGCCCGAGUGGCCGACUUCCUUCUAUAUGCAGGCUCUCGCCCUCUCGAAACUAGGAAUGGAAUCAGACGCACAGGAUAUGCUCAACGACGGAGCCUCCUUCGAAGCAAAGAAGCAAAACAUCUGGCGCAGUUAAACGGGGCGUGACGAUCCGAGCCGAAGAAUCGAUGUUUUGGCCACGGGGGACUGACUUGCAAAUCAGAGCUUCUCUUCAACUUUUUAACAAAGGAGGAGGAGACAGAGCAAAGAGACGGAAUAAACAGGCAGAGCCCCAACUACUCUAAAGGGAUAAAAUCAUAAAAAAACAAAAGUGUAAGGAUGUUAUUAUAAUAUAAAAAAAAUAAUUUAGAGGGUUUCUAUAUAAUAUUGAUGGUUUUCAGGGAUC